AUGAAACUCCACCCCGUAGGCCUCUUCCUGCUCUCUUGCACCUGUCUGCUACUAUGUGCUGCCGCGCCGGUGACGGUGAUGGUGAGAGCAGGCAUCCGGCGUGAAGCUGAAGCGCUAGUGAAUUGGAAGGCUAGCUUGGUCAGUGCGGAUGACUCCCUUGGAUCAUGGUCGUUGGCCAACUCCACCAGCCUUUGCAAGUGGACGCACAUCACUUGCAACUCGGCUGGGCACAUGACAGGGCUCCAUUUUAUGGAGGCAAGUUUGAACGGCACACUUGACAGGUUCGACUUCUCGGCUUUUCCCCACCUGAAGAAUCUCACCUUGAGCAGCAAUGGUCUAUAUGGUACAAUUCCAGCAGGGAUUGGCAACCUGACGAGCUUGGCCCGGUUGUAUAUCUUCAAUAAUCCGUCUUUGAGGGGUGCCAUUCCGCGCAGCAUUGGACAGCUGAAGCACCUUUCCGCACUGUAUCUAUUAUACCUGGGGCUCGAUAGCAAUCUACCUCAAGAGAUUGGUAACUUGACGACCUUGGAGGAGCUCCAUCUUUACUCGGUUACUUUGACCGGGUCAAUUCCACCAACAAUUGGGGUGCUCGUGAAGCUCCGCGUGCUCAGCAUGCAAGGGAACAAUCUGACAGGGAGCAUCCCACUUGAGAUUGGAAACAUGACACAACUAAACAUCAUGAGCUUAUGGUCUAACUAUUUACAAGGGCAGCUACCAGGUACCAUCUCUAAUUUGGUGUCACUCCAGGAAUUGUCUCUGUCAGAAAACCAGCUCGGAGGCCACAUCGUCCCUGAGCUUGGGAAUAGCAGCCUCCUGGAGACAGUUGAUAUUGAAAUGAACAACUUCUCCGGGCUGUUCCCGUCAUCCAUUUGUGUAGGAGGACGACUGAGUAUUGUCAGUGCUAGGUCCAAUGGAUUCACGGGCAUUCACCACCAGACCUUCCGAAACUGCACAUCCCUGAUGUUUGUUGACUUCACGGCAACCAACAUUGUUGCAGAUAUAAAGGACUGUGUUGGCGAGCAUCCAUGGGAGCUUCGCAUGAUGACUUUGGGUCAAAAUCACUUGUAUGGCACGCUUCUCACAGAUGGGGGCAAGGUAUUCAUUUGUAACUCUACUUAUUUAAGCUUCCUAGACCUAUCAAACAAUUUAUUAGAUGGAGGUCUCCCCAAGUGUUUGUGGGACAUGCCAAGUUUGGGAUACAUGGAUCUUUCUAGCAAUUCUUUCAGUGGUGUAGUUCCCUUUUGGAAGACUUGCAACAAUAAUCUUGUAUGUUUACGCCUAGCCAAUAACCAUUUCGAAGGAACCUUUCCUUUGGGUCUUAGGAAAUGCAAAAACCUUAUCACUCUAGAUCUUGGAGGCAAUAAUUUCUCUGGUAUUGUGGGUAUCGACUUAUCUGGCAACUCUCUUUCACAAGAGAUUCCAAAUGGGCUCACAACCCUUCUUGGACUGAGGUAUCUGAACUUAUCAGGAAAUCAUUUGUUAGGCUGCAUUCCCGAAGACAUUGGCAAUCUAGUACUGCUGGAAUCCUUGGACCUUUCUCUGAACCGACUCUCGGGAGAAAUUCCUCCAAGCUUUGCAGGUUUGAAGAGCAUAACCGCUCUGAACCUCUCGAGUAAUAAUUUAUCGGGGUUGAUACCUAUGAGCGACCAGCUGCGAACGCUCCCAGAUCCAUCCAUAUACAGCAACAAUCCAGGGUUAUAUGGUUUCCCCUUGGAGGGCUGUGUAGACUCGUCGACAUCGACGCAAAGCGGAAUGAGCCAGGCUGAAGACAGCAGGGAGGCAUUGUGGCUGUAUUGCUUUGUGGCUGCUGGGUUCAUCUUUGGGUUCUGGCUGUACUGCGGCAUGUUCUGGUUUUACAGCGAGACCUGGAGGUGUGCAUUCUAUCAGUAUGUCGACAACAUGCAAGGGAAGGUAACCAAGAAGAUGUAUAGCUGCAUGUCAUACUUCCAGGCCAAGGAACACUCCUCUGGCCCCUCCGCCGCUGCGCUCCGCGCCAAGUCCGACUCCCUCCGCGCCGCCACGCACGACGGCGAGAUCGUCGGCGUCCUCAACUCCGUGAUCCAGUCCCACCACCGCGACCUGAAGCAGGGGAACGGCGCGCCAGCCGCCAGCACGAUGCAGAGGAGGCAGCAGGCGGCGAGGAGGACCGGUCUCGACGGACUGGUGGCGGAGAUCGCCGGAUUUGAACGAAGACGGCGGCUGGCCUGGCGGACUAGCGCGGUGGAGCUGCUCGGCCUCGAGGCGCUGCUAGAUGUGGCCGACGCGUUGCGGGGAAAACAGAGGCCAGCGGGAGAGGUUCAAGGCGGUAGCGUCGUGGAGGAAGACCGGCGGGGACUUGAAGCGGGGCUCCGGCAGCUCGGCGUGGUUCAGCAAGUCGGGGACGGCCGGCUUCAGCUGCGGGACACCGGUUCCCGGCGACCACGAGGCGAACUAGAGCUCGGGGAGGCAUCCAUGGCGUUCGAGUGA